CGAGUCGUUUCUUGGUUCUAGAAGUCUGAAGUAGUUCGCCCUCGGUAGCGAAAUUUCUUCAACUUGUCUCUAGUAAAUUCAUCAGUUAGUGAAGUGACGUGCAAUAUGGCCUCGUACGCAGCAGCAUGGAAGGCCGCCGAAGCGGUGGCCAACCUGACCGUGGUGGACAAGGUUCCGGCGGAUAUGCUGCACAUGGUGGACGCCCACUGGUACCAGUUUCCGCCGAUGAACCCGCUGUGGCACGCGAUGCUCGGAUGGGCCAUCUUCUUCCUGUGCCUGAUCUCGGUGAUCGGCAACGGAAUGGUCGUGUACAUCUUCACCAACACCAGGACGCUCCGGACCCCCUCAAACCUGCUAGUGGUCAAUCUGGCCUUCUCGGACUUCCUGAUGAUGUUUACGAUGGGACCGCCGAUGGUGAUCAACUGCUACUACGAGACCUGGGUGUUUGGAGCGUUUGCUUGCGAGGUCUACGGCAUGUUUGGAUCGCUGUUUGGCUGUGUCUCGAUCUGGACCAUGACUAUGAUUGCGUUUGAUCGUUACAACGUUAUUGUUAAGGGUCUUUCGGCCAAACCUCUGACCAACAACGGGGCGCUGGUGCAGAUCUUUGGCGUUUGGAUCGCGUCUCUGGGCUGGACGCUCGCUCCGUUCUUCGGCUGGAACCGGUACGUCCCCGAGGGCAACAUGAGUGCCUGCGGAACCGACUACCUCACCGACACCAUGCUGAGCCGUUCGUACAUCCUGGUCUACUCGAUGUUCGUGUACUUUGCGCCACUGCUCCUGAUCAUCUACUCGUACAUCUUCAUCAUCAAGGCCGUGUCCGCCCACGAGAAGAACAUGCGCGAACAGGCCAAGAAGAUGAACGUGGCCUCGCUCCGGUCCCAGGAAACGCAAAGCACCAGCACCGAGAUGAAGCUGGCCAAGGUCGCGCUGGUCACCAUCUCCCUCUGGUUCAUGGCUUGGACGCCGUAUCUGAUCAUCAACUAUACGGGAAUCUUCAAGGCCGCCCCGAUCACGCCGCUGGCCACCAUCUGGGGAUCGCUGUUCGCCAAGGCCAACGCCGUGUACAACCCGAUCGUGUACGGAAUCAGCCAUCCCAAGUACCGUGCCGCGCUGUACCAGAAGUUCCCGUCGCUGUCCUGCAGCGACUCCGUCGAGGACACCCAAUCGAUGGCUUCCGCGGAAACUACCGUCGCCGAGAAGACUGCCGCCUAAUCACGCUGUAAAUGAUUUAGUUUUAAUAAAAUAAAAAAUGCAAUGCAAAUUUCCGUAACAAUUGGAAA